UGGAAAAGAUUGUAAGAAAAAGUUAUGAGAUGCAAAAAUGAGUCUUUCAAUCCUAUGGCUUCUCUUAUUCCUCCUACCAGUCUCAGUGGAAGCCAUAGCAGAUCCCACCAGCAGUACUGCUAUACCACCAAAAACUAUGCUCACAGCAGCAGUUAUCACAAAACACAGCAAUUGUGCCCGUACAUGUGGCAGCUUAACAAUCCCAUACCCCUUUGGGGUUGGUCGUCAAUGCGCACAUGAUGAUUGGUUCACCAUCACAUGUGACAAAACCACCUAUGAUUCUCCGAAAGCCUUCCUUUGGGGACCCCUUGAUUUAGAAGAUAGGGAAAUCUUGGAGAUAACAGAAACUGAGGUAGUGAUUCGGAAUUCUCAGAUAGCCUCUAGGUGCUAUGAUUUUCGGGGAAAGAAGGUAUCUGAAAAUGAGGGGAAAUUUAAUAUAUCAGGUUCUCCCUUCACUUUAUCACACACUGCAAACAACCUCACAGUCAUUGGCUAUAAUGACUAUGCACUCAUUGGUGAUUCUGGAGGGACCUCGCCAUAUGAGGCUCCGCUCUAUUAUAGGGCUGGUUGCAUUACAAUGUGUGCAAAUCUAACCGUGAUGAAGCCAGGAUCUUGUUCGGGUUUGGGUUGUUGCCAGACAUCCGUCCCAAUUGGGUUGCAAGAUUUCACAAUUGAUCUUUACACGGUGGAAAAUCGGCAGAGACAGAAAGAAUAUGUACCUGCUGAAUAUUGUAGCUACGCGUUCUUUGCUAAAGUUGGCAACUUCAGCUUUGGUGGAGCUUCUGAUUUGACGACUAAUGGCACCGUGGAAAAGAGAACCAAACAAGAAGUCCCGGUUGUGUUGGAUUGGGCUUUUGAACGUUAUACUUCCUGCAAAGAGGCGAAAAAGAAGAAUAUUUGUCAAUCAAAUGCUGAAUGUAUUGAUUCUGAAGCGGGUGGAUACCGCUGCAAAUGCCGCUCUGGCUAUGAGGGUCAACCUUAUCUGGAACCGGGUUGCACAGACAUCGAUGAGUGUGCUUCUCGUCCAUGUGCCAAAUAUUGCAAAAAUGUUGCAGGGAGUUUCAAUUGCUCCUGUCCUAGUGGAUAUUCAGGUGACGGAUUCAAAUCUGGAAGGGGGUGUUAUCCUGACGGCUUAUUAAAGAUAAUCACUAAUCUUGCUUCAGGAUUAGGCAUAUCCUUGGGAAUAAUAAGCAUGCUCCUUGUUAGCUGGUGGCUUUCUUAUAUUAUCGAAAAGAGAAGGAUUGUUGAGCAAAAGGCUAAAUACUUUGAGCAGAAUAGCCGGUUGCUAUUACAACAAAUGGCUACCGAUGAAAGUGCCAUGGCAACAAUCAAAAUCUUCACAAUUGAUGAGUUAGAAAGAGUUACUGAUAACUUUAAUGAAGACAGAAUACUGGGAAAAGGUGGUCAAGGUACCGUUUAUAAAGGAAUGCUGAGUGAAGGAAGAAUUGUUGCCAUAAAGAAGUCAGAAGUGGUUAAUGAAAGUCAAUUAAGAGAUUUUGUUAAUGAAGUUGUUAUCUUAUCACAAAUCAAUCACAGGAAUAUAGUGAAGUUAUUAGGUUGUUGUUUGGAAGCUGAAGUCCCAUUGCUGGUUUACGAGUAUAUACUAAAUGGAACUCUCUUCCAGCAUAUUCAUCAUCCAACUGAAGAUUUCCCAAUCACUUGGAAAAUGCGAUUGCAAAUCGCUUCUGAUUCAGCUGGAGCGCUUGCUUAUCUGCAUACUUCAUCCUCUAUUCCUAUUUUUCAUAGAGACAUCAAAUCAUCUAACAUACUUUUGGAUGACAAGUAUAGGGCAAAGUUGUCAGAUUUUGGGACAUCAAAAUUAGUUGCUAUCGAUCUGACCCAUGUAACUACGCAUGUUCAUGGAACAUUUGGUUAUUUGGAUCCAGUGUACUUCCAAUCAAGUCAGUUUACCGAAAAAAGUGAUGUGUAUAGUUUUGGAGUAGUUCUUAUCGAACUUUUAACAGGACAGAAGGCAAUAAGAAGUAUGAUCCAAGAAGAUAGAAGUUUGGUAUUGUGGUUCCUUUCCCACCUGGAAAACUCUAAUUUGCUUGAUAUUGUAGAUUCACAAAUCCUCCAAGAGGGUUCAAAGGAAGAGUUUCUCGCCAUUGCUAAUCUUGGAAAACGAUGUUUGAACUUAGAUGAGAAGACAAGACCAUCAAUGAAAGAAGUUCUAGUGGAGAUAGAAAGGGUGAUGUCACUCCAUUUCCCAGGAAAAAAUCAAAAGAACUGGACAGAACAAGUGAUCACUGGGACAAGUCGAACAACAAAUUAUUCAUAUGACGGCCUUUUAAGUUCUAAAACCUUUUAUCCGGAAAAUAUCUCUUUAAGUUCUGCUGAAACGUCUUUGUUAUCCAAUCCUAAAUGAUGGUAAAUAUCUUCAAGUUCUGGUUUUACUUUCACAUGUCUCACACUUCCACGCCAUAAAUUUAAGUACUACUUUUCAAAAGCUGGUGUAUCGUCUAUGUAUUUUUCAUUUAUUCAAUCCUAGAUGAUGGUUAAUAUAUUUCUUCAAUUUUCUAUUCGUUGGACUAGUGCAUUGUUUUAGGAAGGGGAGUUUUGCUUGACAGUGAGAUUAGAAGAAGAAAAACAAGGCCAGAUCUCUUCAGUGGCACAUGGUCAAAAAAUGGCCAGAAACUUUGUAACUUUCUACAAUAAGAGGUAGUAGUAGUUACGAUGGACCACGCUCCAAGGAGUCGAUAUUCAGUCCAGUUCCAACUACCAAGAAGUGAUUGUAACAGCCAAAAAUGGUGUUUCCGCAAUUCCAUAAUUUGUUUGGAAGAUAGCAACUUGUCUUUGUUUGUCUUGCUUGUUUUGUGUGCCCUUGCUAUCCCCAUUUGACCCCCUUGAUGAAUCCCAAUCCCCUAGUCCCUUUAAACCUUGACAUUUCACUAUUUCCUUGAUUUUGUUCCACUAGACUUUUAGAAUUCCAGAAAACCACUUUUCCGAGCUAGCUUAUUUCCCCUACUAUUU